AUGCUCGAGUUCCGCACCCAAGGCUUCAACGGCUACUCGGUCAAAUACAGCCCCUUCUUCGACUCGCGCAUCGCCGUCGCAACAUCCGCCAACUUCGGGCUCGUCGGAAACGGACGCCUGUACAUACUAGGCCUUACAGCGAAUGGCAUCGUAGCCGAGAAAUGCACCUGGUCCGAAUCACACGAGUCCCAACUCCUCACCGCGGGCGGCGACGGCUCAGUAAAGCUCUUCGACAUAAACGUGCCUAACUUCCCCAUCGCAUCCUGGCAAGAGCACGCGCGCGAAGUCUUCGCCGUCCACUGGAACCUCGUGUCCAAAGACACCUUCCUAUCCUCAUCCUGGGACGGCACAAUCAAAAUCUGGAACCCAAACUCAGAUGCGAGUAUCACAACGCUGCCAACGCAUUCAUGUACCUACAGUGCGAGUUUCAGUCCGCACAGUCCGAGUGUGCUGUCAAGUGUGAGUAGUGAUAGCCAUUUGAGGGUUUUCGAUCUGAGGACGCCGGCGAGUGCGAGUAAUCAUCUGACGAUGAGUGUGCCGAUUCAUCAGCCGCCGAAGGCAAGGAUGGGACAUGCGCCGGGCGUGGGUGUUGCGCCUGCGGAGGCGUUGACGCAUGAUUGGAAUAAAUACCGGGAUACUAUCGUUGCAACCGCAGGGGUGGAUCGCGUGAUACGCACAUUUGAUAUCAGGAUGCCACAGCAGGGGCCUGUUGCUGUUUUACCAGGACACGAGUAUGCGGUUCGGAAGCUGAGUUGGAGUCCGCAUUUGAGCGAUAUAUUGCUUAGUGCGAGUUACGAUAUGACGUGUCGGGUGUGGACGGAUGGGAGUGCUAUGGGUGUGGGGAGUGUGAAGCAGGAGAAUAUGCUGGAGGAUCCGAUGUUCUAUGGCGGGGGUAGGGAGAUGGGCAGGAUGGGGAGGCAUACCGAGUUCGUUACGGGUGUCGAUUGGUGUUUGUUUGGCGCGGAGGGCUGGUGUGCUAGUACGGGGUGGGACGAGAGGGUCAUGGUAUGGGAUUGCCGGGCUAUCAUGCAAUGA